UUACCACGGGCAGGUCUUUACAAAGCAGACUGAUAUGGACUGUAGUGGUCUGUCUUACCACGGGCAGGUCUUUACAAAGCAGACUGAUAUGGACUGUAGUGGUCUGUCUUACCACGGGCAGGUCUUUACAAAGCAGACUGAUAUGGACUGUAGUGGUCUGUCUUACCACGGGCAUGUCUUUACAAAGCAGACUGAUAUGGACUGUAGUGGUCUGUCUUACCACGGGCAGACUGAUCUGGACUGUAGUGGUCUGUCUUACCACGGACAGGUCUUUACAAAGCAGACUGAUAUGGACUGUAGUGGUCUGUCUUACCACGGGCAGACUGAUCUGGACUGUAGUGGUCUGUCUUACCACAGGCAGGUCUUUACAAAGCAGACUGAUAUGGACUGUAGUGGUCUGUCUUACCACGGGCAUGUCUUUACAAAGCAGACUGAUAUGGACUGUAGUGGUCUGUCUUACCACAGGCAGGUCUUUACAAAGCAGACUGAUAUGGACUGUAGUGGUCUGUCUUACCACGGGCAUGUCUUUACAAAGCAGACUGAUAUGGACUGUAGUGGUCUGUCUUACCACGGGCAGACUGAUCUGGACUGUAGUGGUCUGUCUUACCACGGGCAUGUCUUUACAAAGCAGACUGAUAUGGACUGUAGUGGUCUGUCUUACCACGGGCAGGUCUUUACAAAGCAGACUGAUAUGGACUGUAGUGGUCUGUCUUACCAUGGGCAGACUGAUAUGGACUGUAGUGGUCUGUCUUACCACGGGCAGACCGAUAUGGACUGUAGUGGUCUAUCUUACCACGGGCAGGUCUUUACAAAGCAGACUGAUAUGGACUGUAGUGGUCUGUCUUACCACGGGCAGGUCUUUACAAAGCAGACUGAUAUGGACUGUAGUGGUCUGUCUUACCACGGGCAGGUCUUUACAAAGCAGACUGAUAUGGACUGUAGUGGUCUGUCUUACCACGGGCAUGUCUUUACAAAGCAGACUGAUAUGGACUGUAGUGGUCUGUCUUACCACGGGCAGGUCUUUACAAAGCAGACUGAUAUGGACUGUAGUGGUCUGUCUUACCAUGGGCAGACUGAUAUGGACUGUAGUGGUCUGUCUUACCACGGGCAGACUGAUAUGGACUGUAGUGUUCUAUCUUACCACGGGCAGGUCUUUACAAAGCAGACUGAUAUGGACUGUAGUGGUCUGUCUUACCACAGGCAGGUCUUUACAAAGCAGGCUAAUAUGGACUGUAGUGGUCUGUCUUACCACGGGCAGGUCUUUACUGAGGAUCUGGUAUAGACUAAAGCAGACUGAUAUGGACUGUAGUGGUCU